AGUGUCAAGUAAAAUUGUUGAUUGACAAAUGGUGCAUUUCGCGGCGAAGUGUUCGGUUAAAUUUUCUUACAAAUAUCGUAUACUUCGCGCAAAAUUGUCUAAGAAAUAUUUUCAGCAAAUCAUGAUAACAGUGUCUUCAUCUUAAAUUCAUUAUAUUUUACUUCAAUAUGUCUAGAGAUAUAAGAUCGUUUUUUCAACCUAAAAAGCCGCCGAAACCUGCUGUCACUGUUGACGAUGAUGACGAUGUUAUUCCAGAGUCUCCAGAUGUACAAAUAAUUAAAAAUAAAAAGAAAGAAUCAAAGAAGAGGCGUGUAAUAAAUGAUGAUUCUGACGAGGAAAUAUUCUCAUCUAAAAAAAAGAAAACUAAUGAUGCUAUUUCUGAAAAAGGAGGUCAAACUUCAAGUAAGAAUAAGAGUAAAUCACCUAAACCCGCACUCAAGGAGGUCAAGGUGACAGAUAUGUUUGGAAAUUACCCUAUAAAGCGCACAGAACCAUUAGUAAAGAAAAAGAAAAAAACUGAACUAGGCAUACACUCUGACGAUGAAUUUGAAAAAAGUUUACUCGAAAUAGACAAUGCAGAGUUAGAAGGGAACAUAAAUAAUGACAAAGUAACAAAUGAUGAGAAAUCAAAAUCUAGCACUGAAAAGGUGACACCAUCGAAGUCAACAGAGGAAUCACAUAAAGAAACUAAAACAUCACAUGAAAAGAAACAUAAGAGCCCUACAGAAACAAAGAAUGACGAACAUAAAUCAAGCAAGGGUGACAAAGCUAAAUCUGAUGAAAGCAAAGAGAGUAAGCAUAAAACUGAUGAAAGCAAAGAAAGCAGACAUAAAAAUGAUGAAAGCAGACAUAAAUCUGAUGAUGCAAAAGCAAAGAAACACACAAAAGACGACAAGAAACCAAACCAAAGUACAUCACACUCAAAUGAUGGUGAAACUAAAAAAUCUAAAAUUGAAAAUAGUAAGAGAAAGUUUGCAGAGUUUAUUGAUGGUGAUACCAGUGAUCAUGGUAGUAAGAAGAAGAAGGUUGACGAACAGGAGAAAGAGAGCAAGCAUAAAUAUGAUGGGAAUUCUUCUGUUAUGGAUGAAAGUAUGGAGAGUAGUAGGAAACGGAAUAUGAAUAAGAGUUUGAAUGAAUCAGCCCUACCAGAUGAAGAAAGACACGAAAGGCGAAUGCAUUCAGCUGCUUUAUACAAAAAUUAUUUGAACAGAUCUGGACCAAAGCAUUUAGGAGCUAAAGAAAUCCCUGAGGGAAAACCAGAUUGUUUGAAGGAUUGUGCGUUCUUGUUGACUGGAGUGCUGGACUCGUUUGAGAAGGAUGAGGUAGCUGCUGCCAUCACCAAGUAUGGAGGCUGUGUCAAAUCUGGAGUUUCUAAAAAAGUUACACACGUGAUCGCAGGCGAAGACGCUGGCCCAGCGAAAAUGGCAAAGGCACAAGAACUAGGAAUCAAAAUUAUAAACGAAGAUGAAUUCCUAAAAAUGAUCGUAGACCGAUCACGAGAUAACACUAGUAAAACAGAAAUCAAGAAAGAAAUCAAACGAGAAAAGACUCCUAGUAAAUCUAAAUCUAAGAGUCCGAAAGAUAAGAAAGAUAAUCAUGUUGACAAAUUGAAGAGUCCUGACAGGAGUAAGUCGGAAACUAAAGUUAGAGAUAAAAGUAGUGAGAGUAAACAUCGUGACAAAUCUAGUCCAAAGAAAAUCAAGGCAGAAAAAGUUGAAGCAAGUUCGAGCUCGCAUACAGCAAGGAAUCAAGUAAACACUGAUGAUGAAGAUGACUUCGAUAAAGUAUACUUUCUUCCUGCACAGGUUACACACGUGAUCGCAGGCGAAGACGCUGGCCCAGCGAAAAUGGCAAAGGCACAAGAACUAGGAAUCAAAAUUAUAAACGAAGAUGAAUUCCUAAAAAUGAUCGUAGACCGAUCACGAGAUAACACUAGUAAAACAGAAAUCAAGAAAGAAAUCAAACGAGAAAAGACUCCUAGUAAAUCUAAAUCUAAGAGUCCGAAAGAUAAGAAAGAUAAUCAUGUUGACAAAUUGAAGAGUCCUGACAGGAGUAAGUCGGAAACUAAAGUUAGAGAUAAAAGUAGUGAGAGUAAACAUCGUGACAAAUCUAGUCCAAAGAAAAUCAAGGCAGAAAAAUUUGAAGCAAGUUCGAGCUCGCAUACAGCAAGGAAUCAAGUAAACAAUGUAAAAAAAGAAGUGAAUCCCAUACAAGAUAAUUCGAAUAUGUGGGUGGAGAAAUACAAGCCACAGAGUAUCAAACAAAUUAUUGGACAACAUGGCGACGCUAGCAAUGUUAAAAAGUUAAUGAAUUGGCUGACGAAAUGGUAUGUGAAUAGAAAGGCUAAACUACCGAAACCCAGUCCCUGGGCUAAAAAUGAUGACGGAGGUUAUUAUAAAGCAGCUUUACUUUCUGGACCGCCCGGCGUCGGUAAAACAACAUCAGUGGCGUUAGUGUGCAAGGAGCUCGGCUUCGACAUGGUGGAGUUCAACGCGUCAGACACGAGGAACAAGACGCUCAUCAAGGAACAGAUCGGACAGCUACUCACUACUAAUUCACUCUCUGGCUUUGCUAAUGGUGUGACUGGUAAACAAGCAGUAACAAAGAAACACGUGCUGGUCAUGGAUGAAGUCGACGGAAUGGCCGGCAAUGAGGAUAGAGGUGGUCUCCAAGAGUUGAUAGCAUUAAUAAAAUCGUCAUCAGUGCCAAUAAUAUGCAUGUGUAAUGACAGACAGAGUCAGAAGAUGAGGUCUCUUGUCAACUACUGCUACGAUCUGAGGUUCAAUAGGCCAAGAGUCGACCAGAUUAAGUCAGCGAUGCUCUCGAUAUGCUUCAAAGAGGGUAUAAAGAUCCCCUCUGACGUGCUCAGUCAGUUGAUAGUCUCCGCCAACCAAGAUGUCCGACAGACCCUGAACUUGUUGUCCAUGUGGGCCAUAGACCCCAGUCGCGCUGAUGCAGACAGUCUCAGGAAGGAUGCUCAGACUACCAAGAAGGAUAUUAAGCUGGGUCCAUUCGAGGCGAUCCGCAAGGUGUUCUCAGCAGAAGACCACAAGACGAUGAGUAUCAACGACAAGAGCGACCUGUUCUUCUACGACUACAGCCUCGCGCCACUCUUUGUACAGGAGAACUAUUUACAGGUCGCCCCGCACUGUCCUAAAAAUGAAGUGUUACAAAGGAUAAGCGAGGCAGCGGACAGCAUCAGCUUGGGUGACUUGGUAGACGCGCGGAUACGCCGCAAUCAAGCGUGGAGUCUAUUGCCAAUGCAGGCGAUGUACAGCUCAGUGAUCCCAGGUAACCGCUUGUCUGGUCAUAUGACUGGUCAGAUCCAGUUCCCUGCCUGGCUCGGGAAGAACUCCCGCGCCACCAAGAUGAAACGCCUCUGUCAGGAGAUACAUGCACAUACUCGACUCAGGUAUCAGGUGAAAGCGGCAAUGACUCGAUCAUACAACAAGAAAGCGACCGCUCUACCGUACGCGCCGGGCGCCGUCAAGAAAGGGAGAGCCAAAGCUGAUGAUGAAUUCGGAGACGAUGACCAAGAGGAAGAAGAGGAAAAUAAUGACAGUGACCCUGAGAAUGAUGCGUUAAUUAAGAAAAAGAAAAGUAAAGAUACAGAGAAACCAACGACAAGUAAAGGCAAGGCUACAUCCAAAGCGUCGACGGGUAAAAAGAAAAAAGAGAAAUAGCAUCGGCGUUCCGUGAUGGCCUUCUUGUUCAGAUAAUGUGACUUGAUGGACCAUCGGACCUCUUUUGUACCGUAGUGCAGUGAUUUGUGAUAAACGUACAUACAUACAUACAUACAUAUUGUGUCAAUAAUAGUAGACUACUAAAAAAUGGUGAAAGUGAAACGUGUACUUAGGCCUUAGUACGAGUUUGUUUUACGUUCGUACGUUACGUACGCGUUCCGCGCUCUGAUUGGUUGAUUCAUUGGCGCCGGCCAAUCAGAGUGCCGAACGCGUACUCGUUUCGAAUACUUUAAACGUAAAACAUACUCGUACUAAUGCCUGAACAUCAGUGGUUGAUUAAACAUAUGAUUAAACUUUACAUAGUAGGUAACAAUAUGAGAAUAUAGAAGUCAAAUACAUUCGUUCAUUUUAUAAUGAAACUUUUAUUAGAUCUUAAAUAUAUUGAGUUGAGUCUGAUGAGAGAAAUAAAUUCGCCAAUAUAAGACGUUGCAAGCACAGCAAUUAAUAGUAUUGUAUGAGUGUUAUACUUUCAUAUCACGAGAAAAUUAUAUAAACGUAUGAGGCAGUUAUUUGUUAAUCGAAAUAUUUCCCAAAUUGUCACGUACUAUGCCUAAUAAAUUUUAAGUGAAGGACAUACAUUUUUAGAUCUACACAUUAAGUACUUUUAAAUGGUAAAUAUACAUAUGUCUAGUGAGACUGGACGCGAAUUGCGUGAUACGAGAUAAAAGUGAUAAUAGUGGUAGUUUGUGGCCAGUGAACAAGUGUCUAGUGUAGUUUUUAACACAUAUUAAAAUACAUUUUUCACGAAAAAUGUUUCAUAAUCCAUAAUUAUAAAAUGUAAUGUAAUAAAAUAAGGCUUUCAAAGUUCUGAUGAUAGAAUUAGUAACCAAUUCCAUUUUAAAAAAUUAAGCUCAUUAUAGUUGUAGAGUGUUUUGUCUGUUUCAUUAACUCCUAGUCUGCCAGAGCACAGAGCUAAGUGAUACACAAUAUAUUUGUUUAUUUAUAUUAAAACUUUCGUGUGACUUACUAAUUUAUUAUGUUUUCGGUUUACUUGCGUUAC